CUAGCGGGUGGGAAACCGGUGAAGGCGUCCACGCACCGUCACCGAUUCGUUCAUCACCGUUUUCUCGAGUGAAGCACCUUAUCAGUGUCACUACAGUUAUUCUGUCAUCUCCAGACCUUAUUCGGCGAUGGACUAUUCCUUGGUGCUGGCAGCGCUUUCCAGCCUCUUCUGGGUCGGAUCAGCAUUCGAACCAAUGGUUUACUGGGCCAUACAUUCCGGGCAACGUUACGGACUUGCAUCAGUCGAGAUCACCGUCGACUUCGAGGCAUGCGACGCUAUAUGCGCCCACUACGGGAAAUCCCUGCCGUGCCACGCCUUCAACUUCAGGGAAUCGGAUGGCACCUGUCAGCUGGUUUACGAGGGUGGGGGCCAGCUCGUCCCUGCGGAAGGGUUCCAUGCGUUUCUCAAAUUUUCCUGUGUGGCGGACGAUUCAAGAAUGGAGGAUAUUGGCUUUCGAGUUCUAAACUGGAACGAAGUCGACCGAGUUGGGCAGGAAGGCACUCUUCAAGCGCUGGAAAGGUUUCACCAACGGAAUAGCCAGGCACAAGAUAUCCUGUACAUGCCGUGCGACACGUGUGUGGUAUACGAAGAAGUCGAAGCAGGAAGAACCUGUCCUCUGCCAUCCUUCAGGAUGAUUCGGAGAGGAACGAAAAGAGGAGCAAGUGGAAGAGAAACUGGAAUUGGAAGAGCUGAUGCAGGAGAAGAUAUUGACAGAGUGAGAGGAGUUCGAGUAGGAAAUGCCAUGGAAAGAUAUACUGCAGGAGCUAGAGCCAUCAGGGACACCGCAACGAGGAAGACCGAAGGGACUUCAAGAGCACCAGCGGCAGGGCAAAAAAUGGGACCUACGGGAACAACAGCAAAAGGAACAACAAGAGCCACGACAAGAGGAACAACAGGAGCCACGACAAGAGGAACAACACGAGCUACGACAAAAGGAGCUGCUAGAGGCACGACAAAGAAGCCAACUGGAGGCAACACAGGAGGUGCAAAAGGGAACAAUCUAGGAUCAAUUCUUGAUGCAAUUGCAGCAGCAGCAGCCUCAGGAGUUCUUACAGAAGAAUUUGCAAGCAAACUUGACAAAUUAUCAGAACAAGUAGCAAGACUAGGAGGAUUCCUUCCAGUAGAAGCAUUAUCAAUUCUUUCAGAUUUCGUCAACGGCAUUCUAGGAGUAGCACCAGAUGGAACACAUGGAGGAACUUCCGUAGGAUCACCGCGAGCCACGACAGGAGGAUCGGCAGGAGCCACGACAAGAGGAGCUGCUAGAGGCACAACAAAGAAGCCAACUGGAGGCAACAAAGGUGGUGCAAAAGGGAACAAUCAAGGACCAAUUCUUGAUGCAAUUGCAGCAGCAGCAGCGUCAGGAGAUCGUACAGAAAAAAUUGCAAGCAACGUUGACAAAUUAUCAGAACAAGUAGCAAGACUUGCAGGAUUCCUUCCAGUAGAAGCAGUAUCAAGCCUUUCAGAAUUUGUCAGCGAAAUUCUAGGAGUAAAACCAGAUGGAACACAUGGAGGAACUUUCGAAGGAUCACCGCGAGCCACAACAAGAGGAGCUGCUAGAGGCACGACAAAGAAGCCAACUGGAGGCAACACAGGAGGUGCAAAUGGGAACAAUCAAGGAUCGAUUAUUGAUGCAGUUCCAGUAGCAGCAGCCUCAGGAGAUCUGACAGAACAACUUUCAAGCCAAGUAGCAAAACUUGCAGGAUUCAUUCCAGAAAAUAUUCUAUCAGGCCUUUCAUAUUUUGCAGGCGACAUUCUCGGAGCAGCAGCAGGCGGAACAGAUGGAGGAAGUUCCGAACGAGCAAGACAAGCCUGCUUCCUUUUCCUGUCCCUCAGUCUCGGACUGAAUUUCCUGCGGCAUUUGUUGUCCUUUCGUGCGUGA